UGGAGAGAGUGUUAGAGGGAGAGAAGAAUGCUAUCGUAGUCUCGCAAAACUAUUUGAGUAGUAGUGGGAGAUAAAGGUAGUGUUAAAUGUGUAUCCAUGUUGAUUUGUUGGAGGAUAGAAAGAAUGAAAACAGCGACAAAGGUGUCCUCAGUUGAAUUGAAGCUGGCUAUAAGAAGAAACUAGAGAGUGGUAGUCGACUAGUUCGAAGCAGUCGUCUUUUUUUGUUAGGACAUGGCUGCGAUAGUUAUCUUACUGAAUGCUUUUUGGAUAUAUUCUUCCUUAGCUGAAAGUGAUACAAGCCGAUGUCCUGAACCUGUGAUCAAUACUCGUCACUAUUUGGCAACAUUUCGGGACAGUUGCUAUGUAUUUAUAAAUCAAGAAAAAUAUUGGACCAAAGCCCGUGAUUAUUGUUGGUGGCUAGGUGGUGAACUUGUGCAUAUCCAUGAUAUGGAAACUAUGGAAUUUCUCAAGAGUGUUCUCAAUUCUAAAGAACUAGGCUGGAACAGAAAUGGUGUCUGGACUGGUGCCAAUGAUUUACUUCAUGAAGGCAAGUGGGUGUGGACAACAGGUGAGGAAGUGACAUGGACCUACUGGGCUCCUAAGGAGCCUAAAGGCAUCACAGACUUCUUUGAAGAUUGUGUUGUAAUGCGGCGAAAGCAAAACUGGCGUUGGCAUGAUUAUCAUUGUGACAUGGUCCUGUAUCAUUAUAACUUCAUCUGUCAAUUUCCUUUAAAAGAUAAAGGCUGGAAAGAAGCUUCUCCCCAGUCUGCUCCUGAUGGUAACAAUUCUGCUAUUGGAGGUAACAUGGUUGGUCUGAUAGUUGGUUUUGUGGUUGCUUUCAUUAUCAUCAUGAUCAUUUUCAUUGUUUAUUACAAACGCUGGCUUAAAAGAAAAUAUCAAGAGCCUGCUGUCCUCUUUCAGAAUACAUUCUAUGCUCAGAUGAAAAAUGACAGUGAGACUGUACCUGCAGUGCCAAUUACAGAAGCUGUUGCCAAUAAUACCUACUGGAAUACAAAUGAUAUGAAUGUCUUAUAUGAAGAAGUCAGCAAACCAACAAACCAUGGGGUCAAUGAUAUGGAAAAUGCUCUCUCGAAUAACAUCAACAAAACAUGCACAGCUGAGGCAGGUGCUGUGGCUUCUGGAUAUGACAGUAAACUAGACAAAGAUGCUAAUAAGCAUCAUACAGUGAAAGUAAUGAACAACGAAAUUCAUGUAGAAUCAGAACAGAAUGUAAUCAAUGAAAAUUUAUAUGAAGAUAUGGCUGCACUAAAGAAGUGACAAUGUAGCUACUGUUAAGUUGUUAGCUAACAGUAAAUGGUUGGUGCAGUAUUAAUACUCAUACAAUGUGAAAAACAGAAUGAUUGAAAACAGAGCCAUAAACAAAGCGUUUCACAAAUUAUGAAACACUUAUUUUAUUGGUCAAUUUUAUCAACCCCAGUACUUGUUUAGUACUUCAUGUUUUAAAUAUGAAGUUCAAUCAAAUGUCCACUUUAGAAUAUUGGUCACGAUUCAGUUAACUUGAUUAUACAUUAUUAGGAAAUAUUUCAGAUGUUAUUCUUUUGUAAUAUUUUCUGUUAAGUUUCUUAAUUUUUGUUUUUUUAUCAAUGAAGAAAGACCUUAUUGCAGACAUUGAUAUUGUUAUAGUUCUCAACUAGUUUGUACCAUCAUCAUAUCAUGAUCACACACUGGUAUCCUUUCAAAUUGUUUCAGCAUUCCAUUUGUACAUCAUGAUUCUAAUCAUCAUCAUCAUCAUCGUUUAACGUCCGCUUUCCAUGCUAGCAUGGGUUGGACAAUUUGACUGAGGACUGGUGAAACCGGAUGGCAACACCAGGCUCCAAUCUAAUUUGGCAGAGUUUCUACAGCUGGAUGUCCUUCCUAACGCCAACCACUCAGAGAGUGUAGUGAGUGCUUUUACGUGUCACCCGCACGAAAACGGCCACGCUCGAAAUGGUGUCUUUUA